ACCGUUUCUCUGUAACAGCAAGCUACCUGACUUCCGGUCGAUGCACCGUUGGCUGGAGAACGAUAAUUUUCCCGGAGUUUUUGGGUGGAUAAACAAGACCCUCGAGUGGGCAGAGGAAAUAUAGUCCUGAUGGCAACAGACUUUUGGAGGGAUAAAGGCUCUGGGAACAUGAGAGACUCCAUCCACAGUGUGCUGAGAUCAAUACCGCGAGGGCUCACCCUGGGUCCUUCUCUGGCUGAAGAUGGACAGUUGGGUCUGUGGUGUGUUGGGCGAGUGCUAGAGAAAGGCACUCUGCUAGGUCUGGAGGAACCUGACAAAAUAAUCAGGAAGGAAAAAGAGGAGGGAUUGCAAAAUACAUGCCAAAAUGUGUUCAAAAGAGAAAUCUCUGAGGAAAUGUACUGGAUGAGGUUUGCCUGCAGCACUCAGAGUGAGGAAGAGAGCAAUGUCAGUGUACUUGAGGUGGAUGGAAGAUUGGGCCUCAGGGUCUGUCGGGACAUUCAGCCAGGAACAGAACUGCUCCUCUUGGAAGAUCAACAAGAAGCCUCUUUUGAAGAAGAGGUUCUGCAAGUAAAAGCCUGUGAAAACAGUAGUAGACCAAACAGAGAUCAAGAUGAAGCUCUAGAGGCCAUCACUGUAGAUCACCGCUCUGUCUGUUCAUAUCCUGCCCCACAAGAGAAUACAAAACUUCCUAUCAAGACGAAAAGUCUUGUGCAGGACUCUAGAGCCUGUAAAUCCAGUGUCCUGGAGCAGAAUGGGGUGGAUGAGGCACACGGGGAGAGUGAAGCUGAGCAGAUCGAUGAGCGUCCUGCAAGAGAAGAGAUUCAGAGUGUCAGUGUGAAUACAUCACAAGCCCAGAGUUCAUCAGAACUUCUGAAGCCAGAGAGAAGCCUAAGAGCCAGCUCUCGCCUUGCCGCUAAACCUCGAAAAGUGCACUCGUCAGCCAACCGUAUCUGCAAACGACAAGAUCCAAUGAACAGGUCAGACCUAAGCAGCAAGAAAAAGCUCUUGAAAAACAAAGACAACACAAUGCAGACGUUGUAUAUUAAUGAGGAUUCCAGCAUGGAGCAAAAUGAGCAGGAUUUUCCUCACUUUAUUAUCCGAGAGAGGAAGUACAAAUGUUCCGAGUGUGACAAGAGCUUCUUUCAGCUGUGCCAUCUCAAGAAACACAAAUUCACACAUCAAAAUCAAAAGCCGUACAUGUGCACAGAGUGUGGUAAACCAUACAGUUCACAGGAGAGCUUCCAAGCCCACCUGCUAAUGCAUCGCGGUCAGAGGCCGUUUCAAUGCCAGCACUGUGACAAAAGCUAUGGCUUAAAACGGGACCUCAAGGAGCACCAGGUUCUCCACUCAGGCGAGAAACCGUUCAUCUGUGACAUCUGUGGAAAAGCUUUUGCUCGCCGGCCCUCGCUACGCGUUCACAGAGAAGUCCAUCGGACAAAAGAGCCAGACUACCAAGCUCCCAAGGUCAAGUGUCCAGAGUGCAGUAAAGAACUGGCCAAUUCUGGCUCUUUGAGGAACCACAUGCGUCUGCACACCGGAGAACGGCCGUACAUCUGCCAGCACUGUGACAAGAGCUUUCGCCAACGUGGCAAUCUGCUGGGACACAUGCGCAUCCACACCGGAGAGAAACCCUACAAGUGCGACCACUGCGACCUGCGUUUUUCUCAAGUUCCUGAGCUGCGCCGGCACCUGAUUUCACACACGGGUGAGGUGUAUCUGUGUCCUGUCUGUGGUAAGGCUUUACGGGACCCUCACACGUUGCGGGCCCAUGAACGACUGCACACAGGAGACAGACCCUAUAAAUGUGAACAGUGUGGGAAAGGGUACACGAUGGCAACCAAACUCCGGCGCCACCUAAAGUCUCACCUGGAAGAGAAGACACAUGUUUGCCAGGUGUGCGGAGCCAAAUACACAAUGAUGCAGAGUCUACAGCGGCAUCUGCAGUCGCACAAACAUCACCCAGACUCUGGUCACGCAUUGCCGACACGAGGUCGACCCAAAAGGACAGGCCAGAAAGCAGAGGGUGAGCCAGGUAGGACUGACUGCAGCAGUUUGGAAGAGAUGGUUGCGUACGUUCAAGCCUCAGAGGACUUCGCUAUGGUGUCUCACCCAGAAGGUGCCAUUUUGGGCUCUGGUGCGUACCACCAUGGCACAAUUGUUUUGGAAAAAGGAGCGGAGAAGGGGGUUGAACGUAUUGAGCUCAGUGAGAAUAUCAUUGAGAUUAUUGUCUCCGAUGAUAAUACCAAGUGUAUAGUAGUGCAAGAACAGCCUUCUAAGUGUAUAGAGAUUCAGGAACAGGAAGCUAAUGCUGAAUGCAUAGUUGCCAAUAGUGACUGUAUUGUAGUUCCAGCACAGGAUGCUAAUAGUUGUUUGGUCAUAUUACAAGGGCAGGAUGGUCUAAGUUCUGUGGCAGAGACUGUAGAAAUAGAGACAGGGCUGUGA